AUGAUUCCUGUUAAAAGUCCUUUGACCCAAGGAUUAUCUGGAGUCAGAAGCGCUUCAAGUCACUUGAGUGCGACUGAUCAUGAAGUCAACUUAGAAGUUAUCCAGUCGAUGCCUAUUUUAUCAAAGAAGAGAUUAAAUUACGAUGGGUUGGUUAGUUUGGAUGAAUUACCAGCAGGAGUUACUUUCAUGUUGGAAAAGAUUUAUGCUUUAAGCGAAACUGAAGCAGUUGAGAUCUUGAAAGAGUAUCUUGCAGAACAUGAUGAAGAUGUUAAUAUACCCGAAGCUGACUUUGAAUUUGCUCAAAAAUUAGUUGACCAAGCCCCAAAUAAUUUAGAUAAUGCUGAAUCUGGUAAUGUUAAAACUAACUUGAAAUUUCAUUUUGACACCAAUAAACCUUUGAACGAAAAAGAACCAGAACUCACAAAUGUGGUUGAUCUAUCAUCAACAGAAUCUAUCACUCACUCACAUUUUGAGCUCUUUGACUGGAGUAUGCAAGUUAGGUUAGAAGCUGGUCUUAUUGCGUAUCACUCACCAUAUCCAGAAGUUCGUGCUGUUACUGAACCUUACGAUGACCCUUCAGUUCCUUGUGAAACUCCUCGUGCAAUCAUCGUGGGUCUUAUCUGGGUUUCCAUCGAUUAUCUUUUCCAAGCGUUAUCCAGUUUCAAUUGGAUGACUUGGAUCAAACCUGACAAUUUCAAUCUUGCUUCAAUUACUGGAUCCGAAUCUGGAUUGGGACUUAAUCCGAUUCCAUCCUUUGAUUGGAAUGUUAUCAAUUAUGAUAAAUAUUUAGCAAUUCCUUUUUAUUCUUACUUAAGUCAAUAUAUCGGGAUGGUUAUUGGAUUCUUUGCAAUAGUCGGAGUAUACCGGUCAGAAUAUUAUUGGACUUCUUAUUUACCAAUCAAUUCAAACAGUAUAUUUACCAAUACUGGUGAGUCUUAUUCUGUCACUGAAGUUCUUAAUUCCAACAAUUUGCUUGAUAAGAAAAAGUAUGAUAAGGUGGGACCCCCUUUUUAUUCUGCUGCUAACUUGGUGGUCUAUGGUGCAUUCUCUGCAAUUUACCCCUUUGCCGUACUUUAUGAAACCUUAGCAAAUUACAAAGCAUACAAGAAGGCUUUUAAAGGAAUCGCCAAAACCAUUAAAAAUAAUGAUCCUCAUAGUAGAAUGAUGGGUCACUAUAAAGAAGUCCCAGACUGGUGUUUCCUUUGUGUGUUGGUAAUUUCUGUUGUUUCUGCAAUUUUAUGUACUAAGUUAUAUCCUACGGAAACUCCAGUCUGGGGUGUGUUCUCUGCUCUUGGAAUCAAUCUUGUCUUUUUGAUUCCAUUGACCACCAUAUAUUCUGUUACUGGUUUCCAAUUUGGUCUUAAUGUUUUGGUUGAAUUAAUUGUUGGUUAUGCUCUUCCAGGUAAUGGCUUAGCCUUGAUGUUUAUCAAAGCAUUAGGUUAUAAUAUUGACGGUCAAGCCCAAACCUAUAUUUCGGAUCAAAAGAUGGGACAUUACGCUAAGAUUCCACCUAGAGCAAUGUUCAGAUGGCAAAUGGUUUCGGUUUUCAUUGCUUCGUUCAUUUCUUUAGCGAUUAUUAAUUUCAUUACUGAACAUAUAGAAGGAUACUGUGAGCCAGAUAAUAAGCUCAAGUUUACCUGUCCACAGAGCAGAAUUUUCUAUUCUGCUUCUAUUAUUUGGGGGGACAUAGGACCUAAACGGGUCUUCAACCAACUUUACCCGAUCAUCAAGUACUGCUACUUACUUGGUUUCUUGUUAGUAUUCCCAUGUAUUGCCUUCAAAAAGUAUGGGCCAAAUAAACUUACAAAAUAUUUCCAACCAACCUUGAUGAUCGGUGGUUUUCUCAAUUAUGCUCCUUUCAAUUUGUCUGAUUACACUGGGGGGUUAUACAUGUCUAUUGCUUUCAUGUAG